AUGACUUUGGAGGCAUCUAUGUGCUUUGCAGUCAAAAAUAGCAACAAGCCAAUGAUGCUGACAGUGAUUUGUGCAAUUGCUCAUGUAACUGUGAAAAAUAUGCCAACCCUUUACCAGCACAAAGAAGAGAAAUUCUUCCUAAACGAUGAAGGCAGAAAAGAACCUGUACCAAGUAUACAUGAUCCCCCUAUUGUUGUUGUGCCUUCAUACAAUGAGGAAGACUGGUUACCUCUUAUGAUGGAUGAAGGUUUGGAUUAUCUAGAAAAAAAGAAGAAACAAGAUCCUUCAUUCACUGAUGAAGUGAUAGUGCUUAAUGAUGGUAGUAAAGAUCAAACUAGAAAGGUUGCAAUGGAGUACUGCAAGAAAUAUGGAAGCGACAAAGUGCAACUGUUUUCUAUGGUAAAAAGUCGAGGGAGAGGAGGAGCAGUCAGGAUGGUAAUUGAUACUUUCAUUUCCUUCUGUGUUUGA